AUGGUGAUAUUCCUAGAGUACCUUCUGAAGACUGAGAAAUCCCACAAUCUCCUGAAGCAGAUGGUGAAUGUGCUAAAGCCUCUUGAGCUAAAGAAGGGACUAUACCCUCUUGGGAAGAUGUGGACAUUUCUGGAGACUCUUGGGCAGAUGAUGGUGUUUCCCUGGCACUUUUGGUGGAUGACGAUGUUCUUAGAGUACCUUCUGAAGAUUGGGAAAGUCCACAAUAUGCUGAAGCACUUGAUGAAUAUGCUAAAGUCUCUUGGGCUAAAGAAAGGCCAAGAUUCUCUUGGGAAGAUGUGGAAGUUUCUGGAGACCCUUGAUCAGGAUUUGAAUGUCCUAUAUACUCUUGUGCUGCUAUGGUUAUUUCUCACAAAGGAAUGGUAUGACUACAAGCAACUUCCACGAAAACAAGCGCCUCCUUGGAACCAUCCCAGUGAUGGAACCGUUGUGCCAAACAGACCGCCUCUGGGAGACAAGAGACCAUCUCUGCUAGCCAGACCCGAUGAAGGAAGCUACAGUAGAUACUACUGUCACGUGGAUUACCAAAAAAGUGAUGAGGGCCGCUGUUUUUCUCAGAAUCCAAGAAGUGGCCCACCCUACCAAAGAGGCCCUUAUGGCUACCGAUGGUCAAGAGAUGAGUAUGCCACAAGCCGACAGCCUCAGUACAGGGUCAUGAGAAACGGCUUUAGAAGAAGACGUUUGUAUUCUUCCCAUUAUUCAAGACAACGAUCUCCCCAUAAAUGGGGCGCUCCUUUUUUGAGAGAAUCACGUGUGGGCGGGAAGGACUCCCUACCCAGCAGAUUUGGCUCCAGUCUCAGCAGUAGAAGCAGGAUGCGCUCCUUCCAUCAGUCUCGACAUCGAUGUAAAGAGAGAGCCAUCCAGUUUUUGAAAACAUCAAGAGAUACUGUGCCUUCAGGUUCUUCAUCCAAGGUGUUAAAAAGCCCCAGCCGGCUGACUGAGAAGGAACAGGCUGAUGCUGCAAGCAAGUGGGCUAAUGAAAAUCCCAAGAAGUCAGAAGAAAAUCACUUGGCUGAAAUGUCCGAGUUUGAGACGGGAUCCAAGGCACCGUUAUGUAUCAACCAGACAGAAGAACCCGAGUCCAACACAACAGCUGGCACAGAAUUGUGUGAAGACAGCCAGCUUAGCAGUCGCUCAAAAGUGAUUGCAUCAAAAAUCAAGGAGAUUGAGAAGGUUUACCGACAAGUCUGUGAAACUUUCGGGAUGGUGGUGGAAAGGCUGGUUGAAAAGGAUCGUUCCUUAGAAAAAUCUAUACAGUUUGCAAUGAAGCAGAGUUUGCAUGAAAUAGGUGAGCAACAUGUUGAAGAACUCAAGCAUUUCAUUAUGGAGUAUGAUAAUUCUACUCCAGAUUUUGGAGGCCCUUUUUGA